AAUUCCCAUUUCUUCUUCUCUCCCACGUCCUCAUGACCGUUCUUCCCUCCAAUCCCUCCACAAACCCUAACCCUAAUUUGCUUCCAUGUCCAACAAAUUUCCCGCGUCCUUCCCACAAAAUCCUCCUUCAGAGUCCUCCGUUCAUCCCAGAACCCGAACCUCCCCGCGGGUCCUCCGGAGAGUGCCCGACUGGGCCGACGCAAUCAAAGAGACCCGGAUGCAGCAGAAGCGGCGCCUCUACAAGCAUGGCGACUGGGUGCUGCAUCGGAGCUCCCUGAGGCAUCUCUCCACCGUCCUGAGCUCGAGGGUGAUUCUCUCGCUGGUUCCCCCCGUGACGUGGCCGCCGCGGUCGCGGCCUACAACUCCGCGGUAGAUCUGAAUUGGCUGCCGCCUGAGUUUUUCCCGGUGCUGAGGGCCUCUUCUCUGCCAUACCAGUUGACGGCCCCCGCACUGGCGCUUCUUCUCAGGCUAGAGGAGGGCCGGAAAGCGUGGAGUAAUGUGAUUGCAGGGGCAAACAACAUGGCAACGCAAGUGAUUGCUGUUGUUGAUUGUAAGAGUGAUGCAUUCCUCAGGAAAUCACUCUUACAGUAUAUAAUGGCUUUUCCAGUUGCUCUUAAGGUUUGUUUUUGUUUUUUUUCCGCCUUAGUUUUAACUAUAGUUUCGAAGUUAUAAUUUGAUAAUUGCAAACUAGAAUAUGACCAUGUGUUUGGCUGGGGCUCGAACCUGGGUGAACAUUCCAAUAUUUGGGGUGUGAUGGAAUAAAUCAAAAUGGAUCUCUAAGCUGUCUGCGCUUCUUUAAUUAAUGAAGUAGCAGUUAGUCAAGCAAUGCAACUUUCGACGUUGAGCCGGGGGUCUCUUUGGAAACAGCCUCUCUACUUUCGAGUAGGGGCAAGGUCUGCGUACACACACCCUCCCCAGACCCUACUCUUGUGGGAUUUAACUGGGUUGUUGUUGUUGUUGUAUUUGAAUGAAACUAAAAAUCUCUUCACUCGAAGCUGAUGUAAAGCUAUAGUUCUCGGUUCAAUGAAGUGCCACUUAGUGUAUGGCUCGGAUGUAGAAAGUGACCUGAAAAACUUGCUUGAAGCUGAUGAUCUAGCUAUAGUUCUAGGUUCAAAGCAUCCGCCACUUUGCGUCAUUGAGUUUAUAUCACAUUGUAUUCGCUCUCUCACUUUAGAUGAAACAGAGCUUCAGCUGCUGGUAAUUCUCAUAUAUCAUGUGUCUUUUGGAAAUAACCCUCACUAGUCCCUACUUUUAAUGAAGUUUUAUUGGGUUU